AUGUCCCCGGCGGAGGGCCGGCUGGCGAUGAUGGAGCUGGCGAACAUGGUGUCGGUGCCCAUGGCGCUGACGGCCGUGAUCCGCCUGGGCAUCCCCGACGCGAUAUGGGCGGGCGGCGCCAACGCGCCGAUGUCGGUGGGCCGCACGCUGGUGCCCGAGGGCGCCUCGGGUGCGUCGUACGCCGACUACGUGCUGCAGCACCACCAGGACGCGCUGGUGGCGGCAUGGCCGCGGCUGCACGAGGCCGUGCUGGACCCGCGCGGGCCCGAGCUGUUCGCGCGCGCCAACGCCGGCGUCCCCGCCUAUGCCUACUACGGCAAGGACCGGGAAGCUAACCAGCCCUUCAUGGACGCCCUCCUCGACGGCUACGGCCCCGACGGCGGGUUCCGCGGCGUCGCCAAGCUCGUCGACGUCGGGAGAAGCUCCGUCGCCUGCCUCGAGAUGAUCAUGCGCAGGGUCCCCACCAUCAAGGAGGGGAUCAACUUCGACCUCCCCGACGUCGUCGCCGACGCGCCGCCCAUCGCCGCUAGCGAUAAAACACUGCCGUAUCAUACGGGAUAUGGCAGGUGCGCGAGGAUUUCAGCGAAAGCUAGUGAUCAGAUCCCUCGCCGCACGUACCGCCCAUCACAAAGAUAUGAUGGCUCUGCAUGGGUUCUGACGACGUGGACCAACGACGAGUGCACGACCAUCCUGAGGAACUGCCACGCCGCGCUGCCGGACGGCGGCAAGCUGGUGGCCUGCGAGCCGGUGGUGCCGGAGCAGACGGACACCAGCACCAGGACCGUCAUGACCACCUACCGGACGCAGGGGAGAGAGCGCUCUGAGGAGUUGUUCCGCCACCUCGGAGUCACCGCUGGCUUCACCGCCUUCCGCGCCAUCUACCUCGACCCCUUCUAUGCCGUCCUCGAAUACACCAAGUGA